GGUGCAGACCUGCAUGAGCUGCGCAGGCACAUCUACGCAGACACAGUGGAUUUUUAUACAGUGAAGAAACUGGUGCAGAAGGUUUUUCCUCCGUGUAAAUGCAGACAGAUUCAGCAGAAGCAGCAGGAUUUUGCACAGGCUGCAGAAGUAUCCGACAGUGAGUUACUGGAGAUGGAGGUUUGUGAAGACACUGAUCCACACCAGCAGCAGCUGUCCGAGACAGUGACUCCCACAGACCAACAACCACCGCACACACACACUCCACAUGAGCACAACAAACCAACUCCGACGACAGAGGAGAGCGACGGCGGUGUGAAACUGAGUGACGUGCGAGUACAGCGUGCGUGUCACACACAUGAGAGAGCCAUUCCCAUGCAGGAGACCGUGGAGACCCUCGACAUCACAGAAGAGAGUGAGACUUGGAUAAACAUGAGAGAAAGUGCUGUAAUACAGAAGUUCUGAGAGUAAAGGGAUAGAU